AUGUUUAUAAAGCUUUCAGAAAAUAGCGACGAGAAACGUCUGGUGGGUGUGUUCAAAAAGUAUCUACGCCUAAAUAACUACAGCAUCGGCGGUACGGAGCUAUUUACAAAUCGUAAUGGCGUGGAAUCAUUGGCAAUAAAGGAUUUCGACGAAUGCGUUCACGUACAGUUUCACGACUGCUCUCCGAAUGCUAAUUGCUUUAAUUUGCAAGGCACUUACACAUGCAGCUGCAAAGAAGAUUUCGCGGACUUCUCAACCAAUUCCAUUUAUCCAGGGCGUGUGUGCUCUGCAGAAUUGAUUGGUUGCGAUCAAUGCCACUAUCAUGGCAAAUGUGCAUUUUCCAAGUUUGAGAAAUCAAAAAGUGUUGAAGAUCCAGUUUGCGAAUGCUUUGCCUGGUACACUGGUGCGACAUGCCAAGUGAAUUUGAAAAUAUUACUCAUUGCAUUAAUAGCCGUGGGUACAAGUUUUCUUACACUUUUGAUGUUUUGUAUCUUACUCGUAUUCACUAAGCGACAGUCAUUGCGGCAUAAAGCGCUUUCUUUAUCACAACCAAGUACUGGGAUUAAUCGAAUAAUUACAGAAAAAAAUUCUGCCCUAGCUGGCGUUGGAUUCAUUGGUGGCUACAGCAAGCACGGCAUAUCGGGUGGAAGGUCCAAAAGCAAUAAUUUCGAUAAAUGUGUUAUGAUAAAAGAUACAAGCAGUGAAAGUAGUCAAAACUCGAUGCCAUUUCUAUUGAAGAAGGAGUACACUGAAAGUUCGAGAAAGUCUUAUCAUCGGUCUCGACAUCCAGAUACAAAUAUAGAAAGCGGUGUUCAAGGGGAACAGCCACGGUACAUAACUUACGAACGCCUUUCACUCGAUGAGGCUACCAAUAGAACUACAAAUGAAAGUGAAAAAUUUGUGGUGAACACGAAAAAUUCAUUUACGGACUUGAAACGCGAUUGUCCCGAUCAAUCAGAUCGGUCAUUAACUGUAAUGAUACCGCGGGCUAAGUAUCAUGCAGCCGUACUUCCUCAAACUCAGUUAUUCCACCAACAAGUGAUUUUAGAUCAAUCGAAAGAAGAUCGGCAACGGAUACAACAAAAACAACAUCAAAUAAAUAAAUCCAAAAAUACGGCUUCCACGACUAUAACACAGGAUAAAAUUAGCUCAGUUCUGGCAAUCAGGCCCGACGAGAGGGGGGGAUCGGGUACUUUCUCCCCGGGCCCGGAGUUCUCAGAGGGGCCCGGACUCGAGAGUAAUUCCAAUUAUAUGAAUUAGACCCAAUUGGAAAGGGCCCGCAUUUGCAAUUUUCCCCCGGGGCUCGGAUAUGCUCUCUACGGCACUGCAGGCAAUAA